GCUUUGCACAGACGAGUAGGGUGGGAAUAUUAGAGAGAGAGAGAAACACACAGAGAGAAAUCCAGUACUUAUCAACAUCAUCCCCUAAUCUGGGAAAAGUCACGGUACGGCUUUUGGCCUUCCUCUCUGCUAUCAUGUACCUGCUGAUCAGGGCGUUUCAUGUCUCAGCCCAAAUGCCUACUUAACCCAAAGGACAGUCUUAUGUGGGAGGGAGCAACCCCCCAUUGCUGAAGCCGGGGUGACAAGAAUACUAACUCUAUCUACUUGGGCCCUGCCAAAGCCAUCAUUUCUGUCAAUCAACGGGCAGUUGCAGCAGAAGGAUAGCAAUUGGGUUGAAUUAUACGCCAGCUCUAGUUUUACUGCAGCUUUAUGCUGCUAGCGGGUCCUGGGAAGGAGGGGAUUUGGGGUGAGGAAAAGAAGAAGCUUAGACGGAAGGGUCACCGGAUGGGCCUGAGUGAGAUGGAAAGGGCAAACGGGCAGUGAGCAGGUCUUUUCAGAUUGAACGGGAUCAGUUUUUUCCAUUGGAGAGAUUCAUGCUAUAAGGCAAAAGGAGCACCCAACUCACUGGAUUCUAGAAAGGGAAAGAAGGAUCUCUUGUUUUUAAGAAGAUUCCAGGCUUUGUGGCACAUUGGGGCUUGUGUCCCUUCUUACUUAAGAGAAGACUGGAGGGAGCAGCACAAUGACUCAUUUGCAGGCGGGUCUGUCCCCGGAGACCCUGGAAAAAGCCCGGCUGGAACUGAAUGAAAACCCAGACACCUUGCACCAGGACAUCCAGGAGGUACGGGACAUGGUGAUUACCCGGCCCGACAUCGGCUUUCUCCGUACGGAUGAUGCCUUCAUCCUCCGCUUCCUUCGUGCCAGGAAGUUCCAACACUUUGAGGCAUUUCGGUUGUUGGCUCAAUACUUUGAGUAUCGUCAGCAGAACCUUGAUAUGUUCAAGAGCUUCAAAGCCACCGACCCGGGCAUCAAGCAGGCACUCAAGGAUGGCUUCCCGGGUGGGUUGGCCAACCUUGAUCAUUAUGGCAGGAAGAUCCUGGUCCUGUUUGCUGCCAACUGGGAUCAAAGCAGGUACACGCUGGUGGAUAUUUUACGUGCCAUACUACUUUCCUUAGAAGCCAUGAUUGAGGAUCCAGAGCUUCAAGUAAAUGGAUUUGUUUUGAUUAUAGACUGGAGCAACUUCACUUUCAAACAGGCUUCUAAACUGACACCAAGUAUGCUUCGAUUAGCCAUCGAAGGCCUUCAGGACAGUUUUCCAGCUCGCUUUGGAGGAAUUCAUUUUGUCAAUCAGCCAUGGUACAUCCAUGCCCUCUACACAGUUAUACGUCCCUUUUUAAAGGAAAAGACAAGGAAAAGGAUAUUUCUCCAUGGAAAUAACCUCAACAGCCUGCACCAGUUGAUUCAUCCUGAGAUUUUGCCUUCUGAAUUUGGAGGAAUGCUGCCGCCUUAUGAUAUGGGCACAUGGGCAAGAACGCUGCUAGAUCAUGAAUAUGACGAUGACAGCGAAUAUAGUGUGGACUCCUACAACACUUCUGCAAAAGAAGUUGAAAAGGACCUGUCUCCCAAAUCCAUGAAGAGGUCUCAGUCAGUCGUGGACCCUGGAGUGUUAAAGCGUAUGGAUAAAAAUGAAGAAGAAAACAUGCAGCCAUUGCUUUCACUUGACUAACAAUGUCUGAGCAUCGAACAUGAAUCGGGGUGGAAGGUAUUGCCUUUCAGCAACAAGCAAACCACUGGGAGAGAAUGUACCAGCUGGAAUCCUAUUUUUCAUGUUAAUGUAGCAUAAUGUAAUGAGGCAGCAGGUUUUGCCAGUCAUCCUGUAACAUGGAUGCCCUGGGCUGGAAAACAGGGUGGAGGGGGGUGGGAUGAAAAGGAGAACGAUAUCAAUAAUAUAUUCUGUAAGUGCCAACCUGUCUGUAAAUAGAGUCUAUUCCUUCUCUUGGCAUUUGUAAGUAAUGGUAGGGAUGUAGAAUAGAAAAAAUAAGAGUGACUAUUAAAAUGUGCCAGUUGAAUGCACUGUAAAAGAACUGAAAGCACUCAUACAAACAAAACAUCAGCCGUAAGUAACUUUCAUCAUUUUUAUACAAAGCCAUAUACAGCUUUCAUACUGACUGCUUCAUUUUCUUUCUGCAGGUUUUAUUUAAAAAGGGAACAUAGGAUCCUGUAGACAUAACUGGUGUGAUAUUUCCUGUUUUAUAAGAUUGUAUUUCUCAGACAUUGCUAUGGUUCAUAAGUGAGGCUGGAUUAUGCUUUGCAUUACAAGAGGAAAGAAGACCUCGUAGAAACAGGAAGCUAAGCACCAUUCUUUAGUGUAUCUGAUUUGUUUAUGAGGCAUCUGAUUUUUAGUACUUUCACACAAAGUCUGGGGUUUGAGUGCAGUCUGGGUUUGGGUCCUGAGCAUAAGAUGGGCUUCAAAACAUUUGCCUCACAUU